AUGGAGAAGUACGAGAACCUGUCGGUGGUGGGCGAAGGCUCGUACGGGCUGGUGAUGAAGUGCCGCCAUCGCGAGACGGGGCAGGUGGUGGCCAUCAAGAAGUUCAUCGAGACUGAGGAGGACCAAUCCGUGCGCAAGAUGGCGCUCAGAGAGAUACGUAUGCUCAAGAAGCUGCGCCACGAGAACCUGGUGAACAUGAUCGAGGUGUUCCGACGCAAGCGCCGCUUCUACCUGGUGUUCGAGUACAUGGACCACACGGUGCUGGACGAGCUGGAGGAGCACCAGCAGGGCCUGGGCGACGAGGUCACGCGCUCGCACAUCUUCCAGGUGCUGCGCGGCAUCGACUUCUGCCACGCCAACCACAUCGUGCACCGCGACGUGAAGCCUGAGAACGUGCUGGUGUCGCCGCUGGGCGUGAUCAAGCUGUGCGACUUCGGCUUCGCGCGGCUCGUGGCGGCGUCGCCCAACGAGACGUACACCGACUACGUGGCCACGCGCUGGUACCGCGCGCCCGAGCUGCUCGUCGGCGACACCAAGUACGGCAAGGAGGUGGACAUCUGGGCCGUGGGCUGCCUCUUCGCCGAGAUGAUGACCGGCGACCCGCUCUUCCCCGGCGACUCCGACGUCGACCAGCUCUUCCAGAUCUGCAAGCUGCUCGGUCGCCUGGCGCCGCGCCACCUGCAGAUGGUGGCGCGCAACCCGCUGUACAAGGGGCUGCGUCGCUCGGGGGAGGACGGGACGCGCGCGCUGGCGCGCCUCUUCCCGACGUGGCCCACGCUGGCGGCGGCCUUCGCCGCGCCCUGCCUGCGCCUGGAGCCGUCGGCGCGCCCGUCGGCCGCCGACCUGCUGCAGCACCCGUUCUUCACGCACGACCGCUUCCCCGAGCGCUUCAUGCCGUCGCUGCGCGCGCGCGUGCAGCAGGAGCUGCAGGCCAACCCGCUGCUGCGCAAGCACCUGGGCAUGGCGUCGGCCGCGGCGGCGGCAGCGGCGGCCGCGGCGGCGGCGGCGGCGGUCAGGAGGCCCACCGCCACCGUGGCGCCCGCGCCCGUCCAGCAGCCAGGUGAGCCCGCGGCCUCGGAUAGAAACCGGCAGAUGCACGCGGUUAUCCAAUCGGCGCCUUCAAUGCCAAAAAUGUAA